CGGAAACUAGAUUUUAGGGUUCUACCCAACACUAGGGUUUUAGCGAGGCCGGAGCCGGAGGCAUGGCGCGGGACUGCCUGGUUCAUGUCACGACUGGCGUCGCUGUUGGAGGCGCAGUGGGCGGAGCUCUAGGUGCUGUGUAUGGAACAUACGAGGCGUUUCGGUUCAAGGUUCCAGGGAUGUUUAAAGUACGCUAUGUUGGACAGACUACGCUAGGAAGCGCCGCGGUGUUUGGACUGUUUCUGGGUGUAGGAAGCUUGAUUCACUGUGGAAGAUAGAUUCCAAAAAGGAAAGAUGGAUGGAUUCUCCACAUCUCUUGUUCUGUAUUUAUUCGUAGUGGGGCUUGUUUCUUUCGUUCUUUUUUCUUCGCGGUCCGUGAGCUCCAUCCAUAGAGCGAGCGAGGCCGACACAUUUUGGUAAAUCUUUCACACAUUGGGAAUAAGAUUAUCAAACGCCUUGGUAAA